GGGGAGGACAUGGAAGUUUUUGUGAUAAUCUAUGGGUAGAUUUUUCUAUUGUAACAAAUCAAAAUAUUGCCAAAUUGUGAUUAUGUAAGUAUUGUUGAAAUACUAGCGCCUCUUUGCUAGAGAAAAUGUUCCAAUCCAAUGCAGUUUCAUUUUUUCUGAUACAAAAUCGUUUCCUAUUCUUGAGAUUCCAACAAUAUGUCCAAAAUUAAGAAACAAAGGCUGUAUAAAUUCUAGGACACCUAUGAACAGAAGCAUGAAGCAUUUAAAAAGAAAAUGAAAUUGAAUGGGUUUUUUUAAGUUAGGUGGCUAAAUCACACCCUUGCAAAACAGAAAACAGAUACUGACAUGAAAAUUCCAAGUACUUCUGUUAAUGCAUUAAGUACCAUCAUGCACCUUCUAGAUAUGAGACAGCAUACACACACACAAUAUUCUCUCACAUUACAGUAAUAACUUACAAGUGACAACAUACACACUCUACAUACUUUCCCCAAAUCUCUUUCUCAUCAUAUCAUUAGACCAAAAACUCAUGGAUCCUACAUCAAGAAAACAGAAACCCAACCCUUCCUCCACCAUCCAAACCAUCUCCCACCGCUUCUCCCAACUCUACACAAACAACAAGAAACUCGUCUCCCACGACUCAUCAUGCAUCACUCUCACCAAAUCCACCAGCCACCACGCCAGAAACGGCGCCGUUUUAGACAAAAUUGUGGACAAAAACCAGCUGGUGAGGGAGGAGAAGGAUGCCAACGAUUUAAGCAAGCCAUCAUCCAAGAAACACCCCAAAAUGCAAUCUUUCGACAAGAAAAUGAAGUGGUUUCAAUUUCAAGAAGGUGUUGAAGUUGUGAGGGCCAGAAAUUCGCUCUCAUCAAUCCCUCCAACCGUCAAUGGAAGAGGUAGAAGAAAAUCAUUCUGCACCUCACAGGCUGAGCUCGCCGAUUUCCUCCCUCGCAACGGCGUCAAAGUUGUGGCCGUUGAUAUGCCGCCGUUCAUGCAAAUUCACGCCGUCAAUUGUGCAAGAAAGGCGCACGAUAGCUUGGAAAUGUUCACUUCCAAGACUCUAGCUUUCACACUAAAAAAGGAGUUUGAUGGGUUAUAUGGACCUGCUUGGCAUUGCAUAGUAGGGACCAGUUUUGGGUCAUUUGUGACACACUCAGUGGGUGGAUUUAUGUAUUUCUCAAUGGACCAAAAGCUAUACAUCUUGCUCUUCAAGACUGCUGUACACAGGGGUAAAUGAAAAUGAUAUCCAAUCUACACAUGGAGUAUUAAAUAGCACAACAAAUACUAGCAUUUCUCUGGUGGAUUGUUUUUUUUUUAGAUUAGUUUAGAAAGAUGAGAUUUUUAGAAAGAAAUUGGUUGUCUCUCCCCUGUAAUUUUGUACAUUUAUGAAUGUUUCUGAUUAAAGAAUUGGAAGAUGGUAUUCCUCAUUGAAUUCA